AUGAUUAUUGUACAAGUACGGAGCUGUAACGAGGUGUGGGCAGCGCCCCCACCAGUAGUCCACGCGCCGUCGUUGGCGCUGCCGCCGCCCACCGCUACGCCUGCACUGCCCGCCUCGAACGCAUCUGCGCCCCGUACCAUCGUCAUCCAGCGACCCGACGCCAGGCACGGGUUCGGAUUUACUUUAAGACAUCUUGUCGUUUAUCCGCCAGAGUCGCUACAGGAACUUUACGAUGAUGCGCGUCUGCUGGCGGUUGGCGCAGUGGGCGCGCCAAUGGACACGAUCUUCGUGAGAUCUGUGCGGCCGGGCGGGCCGGCGGCGGCGGCGGGGCUGCGCGCUGGUGACCGCGUACUCGCCGUGAACGGGGAGCCCGUCGCGUGCGGUCGGUCGAGGGCACCAUAUGCGAGAGUGGUUCAGCUGGCACAGAGAGAACCUAGGGUGCUGAGAUUGACUGUAGUGCCGAGGGACCACGACUUGUUACAGAGAUACUUUAGUGAAGCAGCUUACAAUCCUGAAACAAAUCAACGCCCCAUAGACAUGCCUGCACCAGUUACGGAACAUGAGUCACGUCUGUUCGAUGCGUACAGGAGGCCUAGAGCGUCGCUUCCAGCACCGCAGGCUCCGGCAAGACAUAGGGAAGAUCCAGAAUACGCGAGCGUCGCAUCUCUGGCACCUUCCAGAUAUGAUAUGUCACGACUUUCAGGAACACCGCAUUAUUUAAUGCAUGAUGGCAGAAGAGAAUCUGACACCUCACUGCCUUCAUCUGCAACGGAGAGUAAAGACAGCCUCGGAUCCUUCGACUCGAACUCGACCCUAACGGGAAGAGAGCUAGACGACUCGAUUAUUCUAUCACGAAUACGAAAAAGUCUGGAACAGAAAGAGGCCUUUCUCCGACGGCCUAGCCAGCCCACUGGUUGGGUCACACCAGAUGUUUCACCAUCGAUUAAACAAAAGGAGUUUUACGCUAGGCCACAGAAGUUGCAAAAACCAGCGUGGCCUCCUCCCGCGGCUUCUCCUCCACUUGCAGCGUCACCUCCCCCUCAACCACAACCUCAAGAACAAAGAAAAGAAGAAUGUUCUGCAAGUGUCGAUAGUGGAACUUAUAGCGCAUAUGGAGAAGUCAACGGAGCUCAAGAUAAAAAUAGACAGAAACAGGAUAAGGGUCAGUUUGUGUCGACACUAUCUAAAAUACAAGAGAUGGCGCCUAGUAUUCAGAGCACGAAUCUUGGGACUGUCACUAAUGGUUCGAUGGAGAUGAAAGAAGAAGGUGCUACUAAUAAUCAAGAUAACAAGUACCCGGUGUCGGAGCUGCAGCUGGUGACGGCGCGCACGCGGCAGCUGCAGGAGGCGCGCGGCGGCUGGGACCGGCGCACCGACAGCGCGCGCAGCGAGCUGGCGCGCCUCACCACCACGCGCCUCGAGCCCAGCGUGGCGCUGCGCCGCAAGGAGUUCGAGACGCGCACGCAGCGCCGGGACGCGCGCUCGCUCGACGUGCAGGCGCCACCCGAGUUAGAGCAUGAGUCGACACUAGGCGGAAGUUUGUCGGGCAAUCAACUGAUGAUCACCGGCAGCAAACACCUACAUUGCCCACCUCCAGAAGGAUUUGUGCCCGAAACGGAAAAGGUUCAAAUGAGAACAAGGUCAAACAGCACCGGUAGCGAUGGAUUACCCAUUAGAAGACAUCAUGCCACAGAUGGCAGUCACGCGAAGCGACGAUUGGGGCUGAACAAAGAGCAAAUGGAGGCGAUGAACCGCGUGUCGCUGGCCGCCGAGGGGCCGGCUCGGCCGACGCAGCUGAGCCUGGCGCCGCCCUCGGCCUCCACAUCGGCUUCGGCCUCGGCCGCUACCUCGCCCUCGCCGACGCCUAGCACACCCGCCGACUCAGGUUUUGCUGAUGAUUUGGUGACUAGAAGACAGAAAAAAGAUGCUCAACUCGGUGAAGAAGAACGCGCCAUGCGAAGAGUUUCCUACUUGAAAGCCACAUGGGGCGAUAGAUUACACAUGGACAGCGACGUCGAGCCUGACGGUGACCCACAAGGUCUUAGAGGUGUGCGAAAGUGGCGGCCUCCUCGGCUCAGGGAUGACAUUACACCGUUGCUGCGGAUAUUCGACCCGCAGGCUGUGCUCCCCGCGCGGUCAACGAAGAAAGGUGAGGAAGAAACGUCAGAGAAUGCAGUGGAAGCAGCAGAAGGUGAUGUUCAAGGCAACGUGCAGAUCAAGAUGGUGGUCACGCGCGAGCGACAGAUCAUGGAAGCAAGUGUGGGCGGUGCUGCACGGGACCAAGCUGUACCUGUAUCGUCACCAUCCUAG